AGAGCGGCCGCUGAAUCGGCGUUGCAACAGCAAGGCAAGAGGGAGAAGACUCGCCGCAUGAAGUCGCAUGCUGGCCCCAUCUCCGAAGCACGUGUGCUGCCGUUGCUGCUCGCGGCCGCUGUGCAGCGCGGUGAUGCCAAGCACGGCGGAGGGGCAGCGGCGGCAUGCUCCUCCUCCUCACGCCGCAUGAGCAGCCGCUCGCGCCAUCAGCGGCACGCAACCGUCCGUCGCCGUCCGCCGGCCAGUCUAUCAGAUGGGCCCGUUGCGGCAUCUCGACGUGCCUGGGCCCGCUUGCCUGCUUGCGCUGCUGAUGCUGACGUGCUGUGACGCUUGUGCAGCGCAGCGUGCAGAUGUCACCCCACGGAGAGAGCUGCGCCUGUCUGCGGCUGGGGUGCGCAUGCUGGCGUGCCUCUGGCGCGCACACAGCGCAGCGCUCGGCGCGCGGCCGGCAGCACACCAGAAGCAGUCGACUCGUCGACGGACUCGGAGGCCGGUGCGGUCUCGCCAGCAGCCGAGCCCGCAGCAGGCAGUACAUC